GUAGUGUGUGUAAAAGCGUAAUACAUGAUUGUGUACGCCCCCUUUUUUUAUUCUUUAUUUCUUUCUUUCUCUUAUAUUUUUAAAUAAGAAAUACACUUUUUUCCUAACAUCAAUGUCAAUUUUAUUAUUAGAAACAUUAAAAAAAGCUGAAUUAGAACAGUAUUUUCCAAGUUUUUCAUUAAACGGAAUUACCCAAUUAGAAGCCCUUGCACAGUUAUCUAUGCAAGACUAUGGUAGUUUUGGAAUAACUUCUAUCACAGAUAGAAAAAAAUUAUUUCAGCUCGUACAAAGUUUAAGACAUGAAAUUCCAACUGUUGAAAGUGGUUUAAUAUAUUCUUUUAAGGCUAGUUCUUCAGUCUAUAGUAGAAGUAAUAGUAAACCACCCUCUACUUCUAAUAGUAAUAUAUCUUCUUUACCUAUUGCUGACUUUUCAAAUUUAAGCAUCACUUCUAAUGUGAGACGGGGUAGUGGUCAACCUUCUUUACAACAAACAGCAACAGUCCAAAUACCAAGUCGGACACGUUCGCGCACAUUACCUUCUUCAGAUUAUAGUAAUCAUUAUUUAUAUCAGCAGCAGCAGCAGCAACAACAACAUUCUGAUUUCUUAAAAACCUCAACAUCUAAUUUUAUGAUUCAUGAAGGAAAUAAUAGUGAUAAUCCUAAAGAUUCUGAUAAAUGCGAAAUUAGACGGGGUUCUGGCCCUUUAUUAGAUUCAUAUGGUAUUCCUAUUCAAAAUAAGAUACGUUAUAAUUCAAUGCGCCAUCAAUAUCAACAUAAUAUAUCAUCUUCCUUCAAUAAUAAUCUUUAUUCUGCUUCUCCCUCUUCUUACCUUAAUAAUAAUACUACUACGACUACUACUACUACUACUAUAGAUACAGCAUCAUCUUCUUUACAACAACAACAACAUCAUCAUCAUCAAUUAAGUGACUUGAAUCAAAAGAUCCGAGUUUGUGUUAGAAAGAGACCUUUGAACAGAAAGGAAUUGGAAAGGAACGAAAAAGAUAUCGCGCCUACAGUAGGCAUAAGAAGUAUUAAUGUGAAUGAGCCAAAAAUGAAGGUUGAUUUAACAAAAUAUAUUGAGCAACAUAACUUUACUUUUGAUGAUGUAUUUGAUAGUAAUGAGACAAAUGAAAGGAUUUAUCAAAGAACUGCACAACCUCUUGUUAAAUAUAUUUUUGAAGGUGGAAAGGCUACAUGCUUCGCUUAUGGGCAAACAGGUUCAGGCAAGACAUACACAAUGCUAGAUUCCAAGUUAGGGCUUUAUGUUUUAGCUGCACGUGAUGUGUUCUCCUUAAUUCGACAACCAAAAUACAAGCAUUUGAUUGCUUGUAUCGGCUUUUAUGAAAUCUACCAAGGUCACCUCUACGAUUUACUCAAUGACCGCAAAAAACUAUUUGCCCGAGAAGAUGGAAAACAGAAUGUAGUUAUUGUUGGACUUAAAGAAUUUGUCAUUGAGAAUGUAGAAGAUUUGAUGCAGGUAUUUGAAUACGGCAGUCAAGCACGUAGUACAGGUAGCACAGGCGCUAAUUCGGACUCUUCCCGAUCUCAUGCUGUCCUUCAAAUCUUAUUACGACCCACAAAUAAAAAGAAAACGAUUAUUGGUAAGCUUAGUUUUAUUGAUCUUGCGGGUAGCGAGCGUGGUGCUGAUCGUGGUGAUAAUACGGAUAUGAAGACAAGAAUGGAAGGCGCAGAAAUUAAUAAAAGUUUAUUGGCUCUAAAGGAAUGUAUCCGCGCUUUAGACCAAGAUAAACGACAUACGCCAUUUCGACAAAGUAAGCUCACACAGGUUUUGAAAGAUUCGUUUGUAGGUAAUUCGCGUACAUGUAUGAUUGCAACUAUUUCUCCUAAUCAAAGUAACAGUGAGCAUACAUUGAAUACAUUACGAUAUGCAGAUAGAGUAAAAGAGCUUAAAGGAGAAAAAGAUAGAAGACUCACCAAUAGUAAUGAUUUUGAUAGUAAUGCUAGUGAAAAUAAUACCUAUUCGCAUCAACAUCGCCAAUUAUCUGGAGAUUUUUUCAAUAAUAGUAGUAGUAGUACUACUACUACUACUAAUGAAAGAGAUUAUAUAGAUUGUUAUGCAGAUGAUUCAGAUGAUUCCGACUUGUAUAAUAAUAUAGAUGAUGAGGAGGAGGAUGAAGAUUUAUUAUUACAUGAGGAAAAUUUUCCAAAUAAUGGUGAUGACAAUAUCUUAGAUAAAGACUUUCCUCAUGAAAAGCAUAACUCAACAGCUGAAAUUAACCAUCAACAGUAUUACCAGCAUACAUCACCUGUGAAUAUUAUCCGGCAUCCACUUGAUAAUAAUAUUAUAUCUUCUUCACCUGAAUGCAAGUUAUUCUAUAACAAUCAACCUACCAAGCUUCCUCAGUUAGAGAAUUGUUUAUUUUUUGAUCCUAAUACAAUUGAUUCAUUUGUCAAGUUUCAUAGAACACAGAUUAGAGAAGUUUCCGAGUAUUCAAAAAGGGAAACCAGACUAUUAGCUAAUUUAACUCUAAGCUUAUCAAGUAGAAGGCAAGAAGACAAUAAUCAGAAUUCUUCCUUACGAGAAGAGUUAAAAAUGUCAAGUGAAUUUAUUGGAUAUUUGGAUAAUUUAGAUGAAGUGUUAGAAAAGAAAACUGCCGUUAUUGAGGCAUUAAGAGAUAAAAUUAGAUAUGUAUUAGGAGAAGAAGAGAUUUAAGUAAUAUAUUAUUAUAAUAAAUAAAGAAAACUUAUUAUAUAUAUUUAUAUAUAUAUGGAUAAUGUUUAUUAUAUUUACACUAAGAACUUUG